AAAUCUACACUAUUUCCUAUACUAUAUGUUCAAAUUUCACAUACAUCUAUUUAUUUGUAUUUCUAUGACAUAUGGGGAUCUUUCACAUCUCCAAAUUGAAUUGAUACUUAAAAAUCUCUAUUAUAUUGUAGUAGUUAUUUAUUUCAAGGGCCUGUUUCACAAUGUCCAAGUAAAGUCCUGAAUAAGCUGCUUGCCACUUAUCUGACGAAUAAAGUCAUCGUUGGCGUUUCACAAUCUUCAAAUAAGCUUAACUUGUAGAUAAAGUGCUAAGUCUUGCAGGAAGUUUUCUCUGUCGUUGUUUCGAUACAAAUUCAAUGAAAAAAAUUAUGUUUUAUUAUGUUUUGAUGGCCCACUUCAUGAUCCUCUUCCUGGGGAUACGCAUGAUGCUUUUAAGUAUAAAAGUUUUGCAUCAAGCGCUGUGAUCGUUCCGGCUUCCCCCACCACCGUUGCACGCUUCCAAUAUUCUUGUUGAUGAUUAAUGAGGUGGUUUCGUGGUAACCUGUCGAUAUAUUUAAGCUAUAAAGUUCUUUCGCCUAAGUGACGUUUCAAAAUUCAAGAUUAUCUGUUAUAUAUAUAUAUGAUAUUUAUUUAAAUGAUAUUUGAGCUAAUUAUAGACGCAAAUGAUCAUAACGCCAUUUAAUCAGAUUCGGUUUCAUUACAGGUUCAUAACGAUUAAGAAAAAAAAGAUACCGGAGGCGAAAGAAGAAAAAGAUGACAAAAGAGUUGUCAGUGUUACCGUUGCAAAUAUAUCGGGUGAAGGUUUAAGUAUAGAAAGUUAUGAAAAUGACUAUGAUCUUGAAAUCGAAGAAAAGCUUGAAAAAAAACCGUAAACUUGAAAACGACCGUAAUCAUACAAACAAUCGUGAACUUGUAAACGCCCAUAAAAUUAAAAAUAACGGUAAACGUGAAAACAACCAUGAACUUAAAACUGACCGUAAACUUGAAAACAAAGUUAUCAGAAAAUAUAUCAAAAACGACAAAUUAGAAAUUGAGCAUUCAGAAGCUGAAAACGACCAUGAACUUAAAAAUUACCGUAAACUUGAAAACAAAGUCAUUAGGAAAUAUAUCAAAAACGACACAUUAGAAAUUGAGAAUUCAGAAGAUGAAAACGACAGUGAACUUAAAAAUCAUCGUAAACUUGAAAACAAAGACAUCAGGAAAAAUAUUAAAAAUGACACAGUAGAAAUUAAGAACUCAGAAGCUGAAAACUACCGUGAAGUUGAAAACGACCGUAAACAUGAAAAUAAAGUCAACAGGAAAUAUAUCAAAAACGAUACAUUAGAAAUUGAGAAUUCAGAAGAUGAAAACGACAGUGAACUUGAAAAUGACAGUAAACUUCAAAACGACCGUAAACUUGAAAACAAAGUUAUUAGGAAAUAUAUCAAUAACGACACAUUAGAAAUCGAGAAUUCAGAAGCCGAAAACGACCCUGAACAUGAUAACAACCGUAAAGUUGAAGACAAAGUCAUUAGGAAAUAUAUUAAAAACGACACAUUAGAAAUUCAUCAUUCAGAAGCUGAAAACGACAGUGAACUUGAAAACGACAGUAAACUUAAAAAUGACCGUAAACUUGAAGACAAAGUCAUUAGGAUAUAUAUCAAAAAUGAUACAUUAAAAAAUGAGAAUAUAGAGGCUGAAAAAGAAAGUGAACUAGAAAAUGACAGUAACCUUAAAAAUGAGCGUAAACUUGAAAAGAAAGUCAUGAGGAAAUAUAUCAAGAACGACACAUUCGAAAUUGAGAAUUCGGAAACUCCCAUUGAUGUGAAAAAUAUGAUUAAGAAAAUAGAAAAGCAAAUGGCAGAUGUUAGGGAAAAAGUCCACGAAGGCUUUGAAAAUGACCGUGAAUUUGAUAACAAAGUCAUGAGGAAAUAUAACAAAAACGAUACAUUACGAAUUGAUAAUUCGGAAGCUACUAUUUAUUUGAAAAGCAAGAUUAACAAAAUACAAAAGCAAAUAGAAGAUGUAAGGGGACAUGUUAACAAAGGCUUUGAAAAUAACCGUGAAUUUGAAAACGACCAUAAAUUUGAAAACCAAGUCAUCAGGAAAUAUAUUAAAAACGACACAUUUAACAUUGAUAAUUCAGAAGCUCCUAUAGACGUGAAAUAUAUGAUUAAAAACAUAGAAAAGCAAAUAGAUGAAGUAAGAGAACAAGUUGAAUACGUUAAAAAUCUGAGUAAUAUUGAUGAUAAGUCAAGUAAGCAAAACUUUACAGCUAACAGUGAAAAAGUUACUUUAAGGUCAUCAUCUAAAAAUAAAACUAAAAAUCACUACCUGGAUUCAGAAUCUCUUGAGAGAGAUAACCGAGCAUUUUUUUCACGUGCUAGUUCUGAAAGUGAAAGUAGUAGUAGCAUUGAAAUUCCAAAAAAAUCUGGUUUGGCGUUUAGAGCUGAUUAUGCUACCAAUUACGCGGCUAGGAAUGAUACUGUAACAAACAUAAGUAAGACAACAAAAUCAGUAAUUGUAGAUAAAACUUCGAAUACAGCACACAUUGACAGAGUAAGCCAAAUCAAUUUUUUACUAAGCAAAAUUAAAGAUAAUGUUAAAGUUAAAGAUAGCGUCGAGGAAGCUGAUAAAACUAUCUUGAAAGACGCAAGUAAAACUGAAUUUAAUAACAAUAAAAUUAAAGAUUUUAACAUUAAUAAUAGUGAUACCAUACCUUUUACUGUUAACAUGAAAUUGAAUGAAAUAGAUACGACGACAGAAAAUACGACUGUAGUUAAAAGAAGUAAAAGAGGAUUUUACCGGAGAUUUAGGUAAAGACGACGACAACAUAUAACUAGAUGGCGCUGGCAUGGGCACUAGAAAGCGCUGCUGCAAUUAAUUGUUAUUUUUAAUAAAGUUUAAAAAUAAAACAUCUACCUAUUAGUAGAACAUGUAA